CUGCGCGCGCCGGGGCCCCGGGCGCAUGGAGCAGCGCUGAGCGCCGCAGCCGCCGAUACCGACACCGCCUGGCGGGCGGGGGGACCCGCCGGCCCCGCGCGGCCGCCUCCCUCGCGGGCCCGGCGCUGAGUUUCCAUCGUCAUCAAAUACAACUCCUUUCAUUCUCCUCUUCCAUUCACCUACCCAAAGACCAAAUCUGGAAAUAGUAACCAAAAGAGAAGCCCACGUCAUACACAAAGCAGGGAAAGGUUGAAGUAAUUUAAGGGUUGGCCAGAUGCAGUGGGGCAUGGAGUGAACAGAAAGAGGUUAAAUUGAUGGAUGACCAACAAGAGCAGGAUUGUGCCUCAGAAGACCAAGAAACUAUCCUGAUUAAUGGGGUGAAAGAAAAUGAAUCGCACGCCCUGGACGGCGAUGAGAGGCCUUGCACCGCCGCCGAGGCCGCGGUGACGUUCUCAGCCUUGACGACAGCUCAGAAGGAAAACCACGCGUGCCACCGGUCGCUGACGCCCCUGACUUCAAAGAAGCCCUGCUUGCUGAGCCCCCCGUCGCCUCUGAGGCUCACGGAUGUACCCGAGCACGCCUCGGAUGACUCCUCCGCCCACGCCAUCUCCCUCACGUCCUGCGUGACGAAGGGCAUGAGCUCCUGGUCGCUGCCGGGCGACUGCGAGAAGGCUCCCUUCACCAUGAUGGAGCCCGGAGGCAUGUCGGCGCUGACGGGCGACUGCUUGAUGCAGCCGAGCCGGACCUGUCUGGGCUGCUUUAUUGAAUCAAAGGACGGCAUUGAUGCAGAGCCGGGAAUAAGCUUGAAAGUGGGGGAUAUAAAUAGGGAUUAUGACACCUGUUCGGUGUCUGAUAUAGGGAUUCACUGCAUGAGCACAGGAGAAACCAUGAGAUAUGGGGAUCAACUGCUUUCAGACCAGCUUUUAAGCUUCCCUAUGCAUAAAUCGAGGGCAGCGGACAAAAGAGAUGCAGAAAAAUCUGACAGUGAUUCAGAGGACCCCACUCAGAAAAAUUAUUACGAGGGAUUACUAUUAGACAAAUGCAAUGGUGAGGAACCUUUACUAACAAAUCCCAACCAGGAAUGGGGCUAUUUCGAAUCUUUCAUUAGUGAAAGUAAAAUUGAGCUGCUUGACCUCUGCUCCAAAAACGAGCUUUCUGUAAAUCUGUUUUCCGAGGAAGACGUGGAUAAUUACAUGUUUGACGACGACGAUUCCACCUUGGGAAGCGAUGUCUGCUCCCUAAAGAUUAGAUACGAAUCUUUCCAGGACAACGUGCGGGAGAAGACCACCACCCUACAAGAGGACGCCCAGUUCAACUUCUUCCCCAGCGUGUUCGGCAACUGCACCAAAAGGGACAGCAGGAGCACCCUGAAAAGGGGGCCCAGCGGUGCCAGCGACCCUUCUCAAUUCAAAUCUGAGGAAGGCAUCAUCUGGGGGGAGGAGGAGGAGGAUGGCGAGGAAGAGGACGGUGAGGAGGAGGAGAAAGCUGCCUUAAAUAAAUCUUGCAACAGCACGGAGAUGGUGCAGUACGUGGGCUCCAAGAGGAGCCACUUCUUGGACUCGGUGAAUUCCACGGAGGACUCCGGGGAGUUCAGCGACGACAGCACUUGCACAGAGUCCUCCUACGAUGUGCUGCAGGAUAUCAAGGACUGCAGCCGGUACCUGUCCCGGGACCACUCCAGCUCCUUCAUUCAGCAGAACUACGGGUUGCGGGCGAAGAGGAAAGUGCGAUACAGCGACGACUACCUGUACGAUGUGGACUCCAUCGAGAACGAGAAGAUCCUGGACAAGAAGGAGUGGCUCCCAGACGGGCCCAAGGAAGAGGACGAUGACGAGUGGUGCCCCAAGAAACGGCGAAAAGUCUCUCGCAAGGAGCCCCCCGUUAUCAUCAAGUACAUCAUCAUUAACAGGUUUAAAGGGGAGAAGCAUAUGCUGGUGAAGCUCAGCAAAGUGGAUGCCAACGAGACAACUGUUACCCUAAACGAGGAGCUGCUCAGCAAAUACGAGAAGCUGGCCCCACUGAAGGGCUUCUGGCAAGAGAGGCAGCAGAGCCGGCUGGAUUUGCUCAGAUCGUCUCUCUACCACAAGCAGAAUUUCUAUCUUAACGGCUCAGAUGCUUCGUUCCUCCCUCACCCACGGAAGCGAAAAUGCAAGCUAGCAAACAGGCACCGGAUUCAAAGAAUUAAAGCCAUCGAGCAAUCAGUGAACAAGCUGGGCUCUUGCUCCUCGGAUCACAAGCAGCCUUGCAGCAGUAAAGAGGAUGCCGGCCUGAAAGGGCUGCCGGCGUUAGCCAUCGCCACCCCCGGCUGUGCCAACGGAUUACACGUGAACGACAUCACGGGCAUCGCUGCCGUGAAAUGCAAAUCGCAGGAACGGGAGCACAAGGGGACGGAGAGGAAAGUGCUCCGCAGAAUCAAAUUCAAAAGCGAAGCCAGGUUGAAGUGCAAGAAGAUCAAAGCUGCUACCAGUACGGCGGAGGGCUCCCCGGUGCUGGAAAACCAGGACUCUGCAGCGCGUCUAAAGGACGAAAACGUUCCUUGUGCUUCAGACAGCUCCCAUCUCCCGGAGUGCCACGAGGAUAAGGUUGCUAAAAAUUCUCCUUUCCUACCAUCCACCUCCUCUUCAGACAAGCCUCUGCCAUCUGCUAAUAUCACCACCAAUGUACCCCUGAUCCCCGGAGGGUAUCUGCAGACGUUGUUAGAUGCUUCUGAUUUGUCGAGCAACACCGGUAUCUCAUACUUCACCCAGCAUCCCUCCGAGCAGCAGCAGCACCCCCUCCCCAGCAUCGUCCCGGCAGAAAAGCCCUUCCCGGCUCUGCAGCCGGCGCAGAGCUGCGUGCUCUCCCCGCCCUCCGAAUCGGAGCUGCAGCAGUCGCCCGGUCACUUGGAGAUGGAGCAGAGCAGCUUCGGUAGCAUGUGGCCGGCCAGCAAGGCUGCCGGCAGCAACCGCCAGGACUUCCCCGGCGACAUGCGGGAAGCGGCCGGGCUGCCGAGCGAAUUCGGCGGCGGCGGCGCGGGUGCAGACGGCCUCCCCGCCUCUGGAUACACUCAAGUCAACCUGAAUAGCAGCAAAUUGCUAUACCAAAAAAAUUACAUGCCGGAUAGCCAACAAGUGCAGUCUGAUGAUUCUUAUCAGUCAUGUCAUUUUAAUAAUGGAGAGGGGCGCUUUCAUUUCCAACGAGGUACACUAAGUACGGAUGAUGGCAGGCUCAUUAGUUUUGAUUCAGUGGGUUCAUUGUCAGUUAGUUCUAGCAAUUACAGUUCUUUAAGUUUAAAGUCUUGUGAAAAGGACGGCGAGGAUGAUAUUAAUGACGAUUUCUUGGCCCACUGCAGUCCCAAGCUAGUGAUCCAGCAGAGCAUAGACGAGAUCACCCCUUUGAAGGAGUCCACGGACCUUUUAGACAUUUCCAACUUCACGCCUGAUAAGUUCCGCCAGUCGUCGCUUUCGGAGAUGUCCCCUCCGGACACUCCCAACCUGUCCCCGCAGAUAGCUGGCUCCGACGCCAAGCCACUGGGCACCCUGAAGGGCUUUCAGGAGAGCCCCCAGGCCGCCAUCAACAGCUCCGAGAAGGUCAAGUGGAACUGCGGGGUCCUGCAGACCGAGGAUCAGGCAGAUAAUGGGUUUGCUUUAAAUAAUCACCAGUUCCAGUUCCAUAUGUUCAACGAUGAAGAUUCUGUCAGCCUUCUCGAAAAGAGUCCAUGCUUGUCAACGUUUAAUGAGCCAUCUGGUCAAAUUAGCACCAAUAGCAAAGUGUCAAAAUCGAAGAGGAAAAGUUCAUCCAGCAAGAAUGUGGGUACAAACCAAAGCUCUUCCCAGAAAGCCACCCGGAAAAAAUCACCCAAAACCAACAAAGGAACCGAUAAGCCGCAAGGGAAAAACUCCAGGCAGGCGCCCAAAUCUGCCAGGAAAGGGAAAAACGCGGCAGGAGUCAACAGCGAGAAGGCUCCGGCGGUUGGCGGCAGGGCGGUCAACCAGCUGAGCAACGCGGCCACCGCCGCCAAGGGCCUCACCGAGAGCGCUCAGCAUUGCAGCCCGGCCGGGGUGAAACUGGGCAAGCACAACGGGCUCUCCGGAGAGUGGGCACUGGGAAAAGACGGGGCCGCGGGCUGGUCGGAAGCCAGCCUGGGCAAUGCCACCAGCCUCCUGGACGACGACCAGAGGGAGUUUGAAGAACCUUCCAACAUCCUGUCCAACAUCGCAUCGGGAAUGGCGGACGUCCAGAGGUUCAUGAUGGCCUCCAUCGAGCCCUUGUGGGGACCGGUUGGCCACAACAGCGUUCCAGACAUAUUCCGGUCACCGGAGUCCAACAGCCUGAAACUGAAAACUCUUAAAAUUUUGGCAGGGACGUCCCAAGAGUCGAAGAAGAAGGUGAACGGCGGCUCGCCGGGGGCGGCAAAGAACCACAAGUCGAACAACAAGGGCUCUAACAAAAACGGCAAAGCCGCAACCUGCGACCCCGGUCGCCCCAACUGCUCCACCGGGUACAGCACGGACAUUCACGCUCCCUUUUUUGAUAAAAACUAUAGUAACCUGAGCACUUUAGGCAAUAACGGACCUACCCAUAAAAAACUCUACCGUCAUAAAUCCAGUUCGAAAUCGCUGAGGGAUGAGAACUGUAAAAUAAAGCGAACUGACCGCGAACAGCCCCACAAGGACCCCCCCGUGACAGCUGCUUUUGAGAAACUGAGGGAAUCAGACUCCAUUCUUCUUAAAGCAGAAACAACAUUUUUGGGUUUUCCUGUAUUUGAAGAAGAGACUCCCUUUUCUAGAAAGACGGUUGAUGUUUGUUUCUUUUCUUUUUUUUUUUUUCUUCUUUUUUCUUCUGUUUUUUUUUUUCCCUCUCGGUUGGGUUUUUGGUUUUUUUUUUUCCCAUCGGUUCCUUUUCGAAAUCUGCCUUGUGGUAUGGUGAAAUGUAAGUGCUGAAAUGAAGAGUUUGAAAUUGUGGGAAUUUUAUUAUUUGAAAGCAAACCUAACCUGGUAUUCUCUGUGAAAGACUGUUUUAAAAGUCAUACUGUUGUACAGUAGUUGAUGCACUAUUACCCACAACAACAAAAAAUUGUGCCAAACUAUGAACAAGUGACUGUAUUGUAUAUAUUUUUACUUCUCUAUCAACAUUGGGUUGUGAGUGUUUUCUGCAGCUAUGCCUUUUGGUUUUACUAGAAACAUUCCAGUUGUUAAGUACUAACCGCCCCCCCCUUUGAAAGCACCUGUAACUCACGAUGAAAACGAUAUUGUUCACUUAUACAACUUACCAAAAGUUUUAUGGACAUGACUAAAAGUGUGCCAAAUUUACUUACCUCAUUUCAUGGAUUCACCCUGUGGUUUAAAGCUCAUAAAGGUAAAUAAAAAAAAAAAAAAAAGAAAAAAAAAAAGGAAAAAAAAAAAAGGGGAAAAAAAAAAAACCACACAAAACAAAAAGGAACUUUGAAACCGAUGCUGGGAAAUGGUAACGUCCUCUCUUUGAAACCACGAGCAGAAAAACUUAAUGGUGAAAUGUUGAGUUUCGUUAUAGGAGAGAGUUGCAAUGGUGGAGGAGUUCAGAAAAGCCCUGACGGUAAGUUUGCCAGGAACUCAAGUGUCUGCACCUAGAGACUACAGAACAGCUGCUUUCCAAGUGUCUGUUUUCUUAAAGCAAAACCUGUAGCUGAAGAUCAUUUGAAAUGCAAAGUUACAUUGCUAAUCCUUUGUAUCUCAGUUUUAUAUAUUUUAUAAGAACCUGGGAUAAAUUCUAAAAUAGUUAUAAAAACAGAACUAAUACGUUUCAUACAUUUAUUGCUAUUUACUUUUCCUUUGAGUAGUUUCUUGAACAUUUUCGAUGCAGAGCCUGUCGAAAGCGCUCUCCUGUCAUAGCUUUGGUGUUUCCUAAAUGUCUAACCUUGCGACGCCAAUAUAGCUUGAACUUUCAAAAGCGAAGUCAUUAGUUUUAAAUACAACUCUGAACCUUUUCUUUUGAAUCAAUUCAUAAGAUAAGAGAAAAAAAAAAAACCACAAAAAAAAGAAAACAAAACCACAACAAAACGGCGCUAUUUGUGAUCUCACCGAUCAGGGCCGGAUCAUACGUGACUGGACUUUAUUAAGACAGCGUUAAGUAUCGAAUGCUAAAUGUAUUCUCAAAAGGCCUUAUUUGUAACCCUACUCACCAGACCCUCGCCCUCCAAGGGAAUAACAAACCCAACAAAGAUCUAUUUUCCUUGUGCAACUGAGAGCCUGUGCGUUUUGCUGCUGAUUUCGUACGAAACCUUGAUAUGCAAGAGCCCUGCUAACUGGGAGCUUCUAGGAGCGGAGGGGCGCGAGGCUUGGACGCGCGUAUGCAAUAGAGAAGCGGUGAGGAAGAGGAGCCUUAAUAGCAGUCGGACAGAUGGCGUGCUCGACGGGGUUGCGAGCAUAAAGGUGUUUGGCGGAGGACAGGGCUUAGACUCGGGUUUUCUUACAAGUCGGGGUUUGGGGUUUUUUUUUCGGCCCACGCGCAAGGCAAAACAGCAGAAUUGUUUCUCGUCGGUUUAGCAAAAAAGCAGACUGAACUCUUUAAAAUCGAACUGGAAGUUGCAGAGUGUCAAUUUAGAACCCAAAUGUUUUCAGCAGUUGCAGAUCUUGCGGUACAGCUUAGGCUCAGCUCUGCAGUCCCGGAGGGACCAGCACGGCCGUUGCAUUGCAUUUUAUUUAACGGAGGAAAGAAGGAACUCUGAAAAAACAGUAAUUCAGAAAACCAUCCCAUUAAGUUCAUUUAUUCCAUGAACAAAUUAAAUGCUGCCGUUGCCCGGAGUUGCUCGGGACGAGAGCGGUCCCUGGGUAGCCGCGGGUUGGAGCGGGGUGCGGCAUCUCCAGGAGGGAGAUCCAGAAGAUGCUCGGGAUUUUUUUUUUUGGAGACGGAGCUGCACUAGGGCUCCAUCCCUGGGUGUCUGGCUUUCCUGCAGCCACCGCGCUCUGCCCCGCUUCCCCGGCAGCUCUCUUUUCUGUUCCUAGGGUCAGCAGAUGCUCCAAGCUCCGGCCACUGCCGUGGUGUUGACGUGUCCCAUUUUUUCAGCGGGAUGAGGGGGCUGCCCGCUCCCUUCUUUCGGAUGUUCAGGCUGCUGCUCCUACGGAGAGAGGUCAGGUCCAGGGCUGGGAUGUGGCACAGCCUUUCGGCCUUUCUUUUGGACCCAGAACCAUCGUUUGAAAGCACAUUUCGACUGGCCCGCACUGUGCUUGGUACGCUUAAUAUUAUGAAUAGGGGACUCGUAAUAAAAUACCUUGUACUGAACCAGAUAGCAAUAUUUAUUGCAUUCAAGAAAUGUGCAAUAGGGCAUGAAUAUAAGGCAUAAAACGUAUCGACUGUUUUAUUGUAUGUGGAAUUCCAUGAAUACCCAGCUAGGUGUUUCAGGACAGUGGCGAUCACAAAUACCAGCUGCCUUGUUGCGCUCUCCUUCAGUCCUUCUGUCGCUCCGAUUUCGCUGCCGUCUUUGGUUGUCAUCCCACGUCCUCCCCAAAAAUCUCUGACCGGGGAGAUGUUAAAGAGCCCAGAUCCCUCACGGUGUGGCACUGGCCCUUCUCUGCCUCUGAAAAAAGUGGAUCCCUCUGCUGAUUUACCCCCAAACUGGGAAAUUGCCUUGAGCCAACCAUUUGUUCUCCUCCCUUUUGAUCUUCAUAGAAACGUAGGGUCGUAGAAUGGUUUGGGUUGGAAGGGACCUUUAAAGGCCAUCUAGUCCAACCCCCGUGCAAUGAGCAGGGACAUCUUCAACUAGAUCAGGUUGCCCAAAGCCUCAUCCAACCUGGCCUUGAAUGUUUCCAGGGCUGGGGCAUCUACCACCAUUCUGGGCAACCUGUGCCAGUGUCUCACCACCCUCAUCGUAAAAAAAUUCUUCCUUGAGCCCUUCUCUGCAGGGCUGCUCUCAAUCCCUUCAUCCCCCAGCCUGCAUCCGUACCAGAGGUUACCCUGACCCAGGUGCAGGACCUUGCACUUGGCCUUGUUAAACCUUAGGAGGUUCACCUGGGCGCACUUCUCCAGCUUGUGCAGGUCCCUCUGGAUGGCAUCCCAUCCCUCAAGUGCGUCAACCGCACCGCUCAGCUUGGUGUCAUCUGCAAACUUGCUGAGGUUGCACUUGAUCCCACCGUCUGUGUCGUUAAUGAAGAUAUUAAACAGUACUGGUCCCACUACAGACCCCUGAGGGACACCACUUGUCACCGAUCUCCAUCUGGACAUUGAGCCGUUGACCACUACCGUCUGGAUGUGACCAUCCAACCAAUUCCUCAUCCAAACAGGCCAUUCAUCAAACCUGUGUCUUUCCAAUUCAGAGAGAAGGAUGUUGCGGAGGACCGUGACAAAGGCCUUACAGAAGUCCAGACGGACAGCAUCAGUAGCUCUCCCCUUGUCCACUGAUGCAGUCACUCCAUCACAGAAGGCCACUGGGUUGGUCAGGCAGGACUUGCUCUUGGUGAAGCCAUGCUGGCUGUCUCGAAUCACCUCCCUGUCCUCCAUGUGCCUUAGCACAGCUUUUAGGAGGAUCUGUUCCGUGAUCUUCCCAGGCACAGAGGUGAGGCUGGCAGGUCGGUAGGUCCCGGGGUCCUCCUUUCUACCCUUCUGAAAAACGCCUGCAACGUUUCCCUUUUUCCAGUCACCAGGGACUCACCUGGCUGCCGUGACUUUUCACGUAUCGUGGAGAAUGGCUUGGCAACUGCAUCGGCCAGUUCCCUCAGGACUCUGGGAUGCAUCUCGUCAGGUCCCACAGACUCGUGUAUGUUCAGGUUCCUGUGGUGGUCAUGAACCUGAUCUUCUCUUACAGUGGGAGGACUUUGCUCCCCUAGUGCCUGCCUUGAGGUCCAUCCGCUCGAGAGGUGUGGGAAGAGAGGUUGCCAGUGAAGACUGAGGCAAAAAAGUUGAGUGCCUCAGCCUUCUCCUCGUCUGUCGUUACCAGUUUGCCAGUCGGGUUCAUUGGGGGGCGGGGAGUACGCUUUCCUUGACCUUCCUUUUCUGGCUGACAUACCUCUGGAAGCCUUUCUUGCUAUUCUUUGCAUCCCUAGCCAAGUUCAGCUCCUACACAACCAGGCAGCGUCUCUAUACCCUCGCCAGGACACCUGUCCCUGCUUCCACUGCCUGUGCGUUUCCUUCUUGCCCUUUAGUUUGACCAGCAGGUCUUGACCGAGCCAUGCCGGUCUCUUGCCUUCCUUGCCUGACUUCUUACACCUGGGGAUCAAGAGCUCUCGUGCUCGAUGGAAAGCGUCCUUAAAGAUCUGCCAGCUCUGUUCUGCUCCCUUGUCCCUGAGGGCACUUUCCCGGGGGUCCUAUUGACUGACUCCUCGAAGAGCUGGAAGUUUGCUUUCGUAAAAUUCAUCUCCGCCUGCCUAUCGCUACCUCAAGGUUUUCAUCACUUCCCACCUUUGCCUCACUCCUUGCCGUACGAGCUGACGUUUCCCACUUGCCCGUCUUGUCGGUAUUGGUGAAUAUUUGUUUCUCACGGCGCCGCUCCCAGCUGUGGGACGACCAGGACGUCACUCCCAUCCAUCCCUGCCCACCGUCCGCGCACCCCGGGGCUCCCCCGGGCUCCCCACGUUGGCUCCCAUCUCGGCUCAUCCUCUUGCCCAGUCCCAGCGCGCUUCUGGCCUCCUCUCGCAUCUUCUAGCUGGGCUCCUGGCCGUUGGGGCGACCAACCCAAGCCACGCACAGGACGUUUAGUCUGCAGCAUCCCUUAAAACGUCUUUUCUACUUUAUCUCGUUUCACUCCUACUCCAGCGAUGUCCCACCGGGCGCCGUAUGAGAGGACCAGUGUCAGUGAUGCUGCUCUCCUGAGCCGCGCUGUGCUGGCACACCGCGGUUUGGGCAACUUAGAAUUGGCGGUGAAAUUGGAAAGCAGAAACCUUGGAAAGGAAGGUCGCAAAAUCCACCUGAGAGGAGACCAACCCGGGAGCAGUCCAGCGUGAGCCCCUGGCUCUCCCUCCACCUCUGGGCUGGAGGCAGGAGCUGCCCCGCGGAAGCGCAGGUCUCCCUCGGAACGGGGAAAGCAUCCGUUUCCCUGCGGCGACUGCGGAGCGCGUCCCGCAGAAGGGAACCCUGCAGCGUCCCGGCAGCAGCCAGCCCCCCCGCAACGGCCAUAGUUUUGCUGGAGGUACUUGCAUAUAGAGGUUUUGUAAAUAGAAACAUAUCAGUGAUGGGGAUUCAAGUAAUCGUAUCUUUAAAAAUAACUUACCAGGUUUACAUCUUGCUUUUCUUUUUUUAAGCAUAAGAGGGGUUUUUUUGGGGGGGGGGAAAACCGGCUUGAGAACAAUGACUUACGGACCAGAUUUCCAGGCAGGUGUUUGGGGAGGAGGAGGAGGAGGCCAGCAGCAGCACGCGGGGCCGUCCCCGCGCCGUCCUGCUGAGGCCAGGGCUCGGUGGAGAGGAGAAGCCACGGCUGCCUUCAGCCCGGCGGCGGUCGCUCUGCCAAACCACCGCUGCGCGGCUUGCUCUUUUUUAAACGGGAUUGCUGUUCUUUCUUUCGGCUCAAAUGAGCCACGAACCAAAACAGAAGAGGUUUUAAGCAUUUCUUUUUUUUUUUUUUUUUCAUCCUUUACCUGCUGGGCCCGUAUUCUUCUUUCCCUACGGUCCCGAUCUAGCAAAGCACUUAGGCGGGAGCUCGCUCCCAGGGGCUCCUGCUCGCUGAGCGCUUUCCUGGAUGGCAGCUGGCCGUUGGCGUUAAGAAAAAAAAAACAAAAACAAAAACAAAAAAACUCCCUUGAAGUCAGUGUAAGUGAGAAGAGGAUCAGGUGCGUGGACUUCAGCUGGUGCAGGAUCAGGCCCUCGGUCUUACUUUCUCAACUCGGUGUGUUGGACUUUGCCUAUGCAGCUCCCAGGGGGUCCAGUGGAAGUUGCAUGGUUCAAGCCGCUGACAUCUAUUUGAGAAUGUGCCUCUUUAUCUCUUCAGCGUGUGAAAUAAUGCAAAAAAUAAUAAUAAUAAUAAAAAUAGAAAAAAAAUAGAAAAUAAGCAAAGUACAAUGUCUGUGGUAGAAGCAAGGCUUUUCAAAUCUGUUUCUCAGGUAAACAAGUGACACUAAUGACAGUGGAGUAACAGCCAUCUAAGGGAAUUGGGAUCUAAAGCAGGAGGAUGCCCUCCGUCUCGCAGGAUGCUUGGGUUGCCAGACACGUUUACUGAGCCUUUGAACACUUGGUGCAAAAGGAAACAAGAAACACGAUUGGUAUUCGCCACUACCCUUCGCUAGAUAGACGAACGUCCGUUGCAAAAGCACAAAGGGAAAACGUAACCAUAGGCUAACCCCCCCCCCCCCCCCCCCGAAGCAAGGUACCAGUUAAACUCCUUUUGGCUCUUACUCCCCGUGGGAAGCAGGGUAGAAAUCCAAGGAGCUGCUCUGUUCCGCUGCCCGCGGCGCCGGCCGGGGCGUUUCGACUGCUGCCUCCAGAGAUGUGAAUGUACUGCUCCUUGAGUUCCCUUCCAUAGAACUAGAGGCACCUCGUUAGGAAGUUGCUCCUGGUUUAUGGUGCUAAAGAAAACUUUUAUCCCCCCCCUGCCCCCCUCCCCCUUGAGCAUUUAAGAACUAUGAAAUGGCCCUUUUUAUGAAUGUAACAUAUCCAUUUCUGUUCCACAUUUUACACUGCAAUUUUAACAUGUUUGGAAAUUAUUUGCCUUUUUUCUUUUAGAAUAAGCUUUAUAAAUAUUCUGUAGAGUCAAUUGAAGUAUAAUUCUUAAGGAUCACUCUAAGACGCCUACAAAAUCUUGUAUAUUUUUAAGUGUGCCAAUUUGUAAAAUAUUUUGUAAGUGUAUAUUUUUCUUAGGAAAGUGCUGUGAAGUGUUUGUAUGUGUGAGGUUUCCCUUUUUUUGCACCUUCGGGUGUUAAUAAAAGGAUGUAUACUUAAAAGUUUCUGGUUUUAAAAACCAAAAUACAAAGAAAAAAAUUAAAACUUUUGUUGGGAAUUUUGUAAUAAAAAGAAAUGUUGUGAAAGAGUGUAGUGAUAUUGUGUAAAGGAAACUGGAAAAUUUGUGAGCGCUUUGCUGUUUUAUAGAUCCUCUUGUAAAUUAUUCUUGUAAUAUUUUGGGUUUUGUUGUUCUUGUUGCAAAGGUUUUAAAUAUUUGUGACUGACUCUGUAUGGUGAAAACGUCAUAUUGUUAACUUGCUGAGUUUUGUUAUAUUGUUUAUGGAAUAAAUAAAAAAAAUUUAAAAUCUCAUUUUAAGAUCAUGUAUGAAGAAGAAAU